UGUACUAAAUCCUUACUAUAUGUCUUUCCACCAUAAGAGCCAUAAUCCUUACUAUAUGCUUUCCCCAUUGACUCACUGAGGAACAAUUGGCCUAACGAUGCAGGUAUUUGCUGGGCUAUUUGGCUGCAGAGGGGCCACUCUACACAAUCCCUCCCCGGCUCCGCCUCUCAUUGUGACUGUCACUCACAAGUGUCGCCCAUGGAAACCGACAACAAACCUACAGGAGGGAAGGAGGGAGACUCUGCUGCGGAGUAAAGACCCACCAUGAUCCCCAAGAGCGUCACCCCUGGGGCGGAGCUUGUGAGGCACCACUGUGAGAGGGCGGAGCUGCGGGACAUAAAGGAGAGAUUCACUAACUACAUCCGAAAUGUCAAAAUCCUGCGCAAUCACCUGACACAGGGCGAUGGAUUUGCAGCAGUGCGGCGCCUCGAGCAAGAAGUCCUGGGUAUUCGCACGGCCUACGAACAGGAGAUCCAGUCGCUACGGGAAACACUAGAGAAGUACAGGGAACUGGCACAGGAGGGUAUCAGCAGGGAUAACCCAACAGCACCAGAACAUCACAGCAGGCUAAUGGAACUGAACCGAGACAUCAUGAAAAAAGAUCAGGAGAUCAGAGAUCUGCAGGUCCUUGUGGCUCAGAAAGAGGCAGAAAUGCAAGGGUUAAAAAUGGCGGCAGUUGCUCCGUCCAUCCAACUGGAUGUGGCCAAACAGGAGCUGGAAGAUCUGUAUCGGAGUGUGAGCUCCUCGCAGGAGAGAUACGAGGAGGAACUUUGUAAGCGGCUGCAGCUUCAGGAGCAGGUUGUGGAUCUCACCUGUCGUCUGGAUCAGAUCACUGACAAACACAGAAAGGAGUCACAGGAAAUGAGAGACCGAAUCGACCAAUCAGAGGCCCUCGUGCUCCAACUGGAACAGAAACUGAGGGCGGAGAGUGGGGGAGGCUCCGCCCUGAUGGAGGCCGUGCACAAAAUUCAGGAGGCCAGUGAGGCUGAAGUGAAGAGACUCCAGAAUGAAACAGAGUCUGUCUACAGCCAGAGUCUGUUGCAGCUACAGAUGCGCAUGAACUGCGACCAGAGGCUGCUGAGUCGGACCCAAGAGGAGAAGCAGCAGCUGCAGCAGCAGGUAGAAGAGCUGACAGGGGAGUUGUCGCUGACACACAGAAAGAUAUUCUCAGCAGAGACAGACAGCAGGACGUUGAUGGGGAGACUGGAGUCGGAACUGAGGAGGGAAGGGCAGCGGGUCCGGGAGCUGGAGAUCAGAUUGGAGGAAUUACAGGACGUUCUCUUGGCAAAGCUGAAGGAAUCGGCUGCAUUUCAGGAAACAAACGUCUCGCUGAGGAAUGAACUGGAUGCUCUGAGGUCUCUGCUGGAGGAGGAGGAGCAACAGAUGAGCAGCGACAAGUUCAACUUGGCAACGAGUCUGUCGUCAUGUGCCCCCCCCCUGGCACCUUCGUCCCUCUCCUCCGACCCCCCUGUCUCCCCUCUGAUUGGCUCCCUGGACUCUCCACCUGCCGAAUCCCCCCAAUUACCCACCUCUGCUCAGUCUGAAGAACAGAAGAAAAACUUUGAUAGAAUUGCCAAACAUGGGGAGCAGACACGGCCGACCUCUGCACCCCCUCUCAGCCUCCGCAAUGUUCAACUGGAUCCUCCAGCCACAGUGAGACACAACUUGACUCUGAUUGGACACAAACCCGCCUCCAUAAAUAACUGCACCCCAGCAAUAUCCAGCGCUCUUCGGAAUCUGGCAAUUACAGAGGUGGAUCCUGGGGGCAAAUUUGUGAAGAUCAUGAAUAAAUCUGUGGAUAAAGAAGAAGACAUUGGGGGUUACAUCCUGCAGCAGAAUAUUGGGGGGCACCCCGUGGCCCUGUACAGGUUCCCACCAAAGACUCGGGUGACGGCGCACAGUGAAGUGACAGUGUGGGCGGCCUCCGCUAAUGUUCCACACGAGCCUCCGGGGGAUUUUCUGUGGAAGGAUCUGGAGGAGUUUGUUACGGGGCCACAGGGCACCACAAUCCUGUGCAAAGCCAAUGGGCAUGCCGUGGCGUGGUACACUCCCAUGCGGAAUUCCUGCAGCCGCUCACUGGGGGGAUCAGGAGACGAGACCCCUAAUAUCUCCCGGCUAUGGACUCUGCCCCGACCCCAGGAGAGCGGAGAUUCUCAGCCACAGUCACCAAAACAAGUGCAAGAGGGACCAGAUGAAUUGCAAAAAUGGGAGAAGGGUCCGGUCCUACUCAGACGGGAGAGACUGUCCCCGGCGGUGCUCCCCCCUACUUGCAGCCCAUGGACACAGAGUGCAGCUUCCCCCACUCACCCCGACUUCUCUCCGAGCCAAAGUUGGGGCCCAGAAAGUGGCGGCUUCUCUAAGUUCCACCUGCCUGUGCCACAUGGAUCCAAUGCAGCGCCCUCUGCAGGAGGCCGGAGCCGCAGGAAUCCGAGUGCAGCGAAGAAACCGAGGAACAGCCGGGGGCCGACCAGAUCAGCCGGGGCGGGGAGAGGAACCCUAAAACUUCUGCUCCCCGGGACCUUCCUCCCAGUCUCUGAGCAGCACCAGAGAAACCUAUUGAUAUUCCAGUCAGUGCAGAACCUGCAGUUUCAGCCUCCGAUGCCGCGGCCUCCAAAUCUCAUUUCCUGGUGACCCCGAAGCCUCAGGCGAGACAAGCGCUAAAGGAGUCCUGUACCUGGGCUACUCCUCUCCGGCCGGCUCCAUCCUACAGAAAUACAUGGGAA